UUCAUUCAGAUUUUAUUCAAAAUAGAAAUUUCUUUUCACUGUAAAAGAGCUAGCAUUCAGAGUCGCGAGGAAAACGCUUGCACUGAACAAACAGCAGGCGUUUAAAAUCGCGCAGAAACAGCAUGCGCCUAAAGUCGCACAGAAAACGCUCGCUAGUUGCUGCAGAAACGCGUUAGUGGAACAACAGGUGCUUGCCGCUCAUUCUGGCUCUCUGGCGCUCUCCGAGAUGCGCGGCGCAGGUAUUCCGCCUGGUAUACUCCGCAUCCUGUUGAAUAGAUGCUCGGCUCCGGCUUUGGCUACGGCUCCGGGUCCGGCUUGCUUGACGAAUGGUUUGCGGACCGACGGCACUCGUGCGUAUCGGGACAGUCGACGUUCAGCCUUCAGUUCGCACGGUUCGGCAACGGCGGCAGCCACUGGGCAACUCUUAGAGCCAGAAACCAACAGUUAGUCACGGGCUUGGAGCCCACCCGAUGAUAACCCAGUCCGAGAGUGUCCGGUGUGCCGAUCGAGAGUUCUCGCCAAGAACGGACGACCGUGCGUCCAUGCGUGAGUGCGUCGUGAGUGAGUGAGCCGAGUGCGAAACGGAUACGAAAAACCAGAAAGAAUCCAAAGUGAAGUAACCAGUGACUUGGCCAGUUUGAUGGCUGGACAUGACUUUGGCUCGGGAGGAAGCGAGUCGUCCUCGAGUCCUAGGGAGGCACUCCCCCAGUCUAUUAGCGGAAUGCUAAUUCUUCGUCGCUGAGAAUCGCACACACAUCGCACAGGCAGCACAGUCCAACGGGCAACGAGACCCAUCCCAGCACCCAGCACCUCCUCUAGUCCAGGAAACCCCAACCCAACCCAACCCAUUCCACUGCACCCAUUCCCAUUCCUAAUGACGAACGCAAUGAGGGCGAUAGCUGCCCUCGCCCUAACCGCCGCCAGUGCGGGAGUGGUUUCCGUGGUGGCCAGUCCGCUCCUCGGCGACAGCAACUCCUCCAGCCCCACCACUCCCAGCAGUAGCAGCAGCAACAGCAUCAUCAUAGGGAUCGGCAGCAGGAACGGGUCAAACGAUGGAAGCCACCGCAAUGGCGGCAACAGUAGCAGCCUCUUCUCUGUGCCCUCCAAUGCCACGCUGCUGGACGCCGAUCACCUGCCGCUGCAGCUGACCACCGCCAAAGUGGACAACCUGGACAUUGAAAUCGACAUCCAACUGCUGACGAAUGGCUAUGAUGGCACAACGCUGACAUCGUUCUACAAUGAGAGCAGCUGGACAAACGCCUCUGAAAUGGAUACAAUAGUUGGUGAGGAACCGGAGCCGCUGUCACUUGUGUCAAUUGUAGUUGUUGGCAUCUUCCUCUCGGUGCUGAUAUUCCUCUCGGUGGCCGGCAACAUCCUCGUCUGCCUGGCCAUCUACACGGAGCGGAGCCUGCGACGCAUCGGCAACCUCUUCCUGGCCUCCCUGGCCAUAGCGGAUCUCUUUGUGGCCUCGCUGGUGAUGACCUUUGCCGGAGUCAACGAUUUGCUGGGAUAUUGGAUCUUCGGAGCGCAAUUUUGUGAUACUUGGGUGGCCUUUGAUGUCAUGUGCUCGACGGCGUCGAUACUCAACCUGUGCGCCAUCUCGAUGGACCGCUACAUACACAUCAAGGAUCCGCUCAGAUAUGGCCGAUGGGUGACGCGACGCGUGGCCGUCAUCACCAUCGCGGCAAUUUGGCUGCUGGCCGCCUUCGUCUCCUUCGUGCCCAUCUCUUUGGGCAUCCAUCGGCCGGACCAGCCGCUGAUCUUCGAGGACAACGGCAAGAAGUAUCCAACGUGCGCCCUGGACCUGACGCCCACCUAUGCCGUGGUGUCCAGCUGCAUCAGCUUCUACUUUCCCUGCGUGGUCAUGAUUGGCAUCUACUGUCGGCUUUACUGCUAUGCCCAGAAGCAUGUCAAGUCCAUCAAGGCGGUGACCCGGCCCGGCGAGGUGGCCGAGAAGCAGCGCUACAAGAGCAUCCGUCGACCCAAGAACACUCCCAAGAAGUUCAAGGUCAGGAAUCUGCAUCAUAGUUCGCCAUAUCAUGUGUCCGAUCACAAGGCCGCUGUGACGGUGGGCGUCAUCAUGGGCGUGUUCCUCAUCUGCUGGGUGCCCUUCUUCUGCGUCAACAUAACGGCCGCCUUCUGCAAGACCUGCAUUGGGGGACAGACCUUCAAGAUCCUCACCUGGCUGGGCUACUCGAACUCGGCCUUCAAUCCGAUCAUCUACUCGAUCUUCAACAAGGAGUUCCGUGACGCCUUCAAACGCAUCCUGACCAUGCGCAAUCCCUGGUGCUGCGCCCAGGACGUGGGCAAUAUUCAUCCGCGGAACAGCGACCGUUUCAUCACGGAUUAUGCCGCCAAGAAUGUGGUGGUGAUGAACUCGGGUCGCUCCAGCGCAGAACUGGAACAGGUGUCCGCAAUUUGA